AAACGCAGCUGCGCACCGCAAUGCUCCGACCACAUUCGAAUGCGGCUGCGAUAACUUAACUACCUAGUGUGUUCUCAAAAUGGCAGACGGGUUGUGUACGGAGGAUCCGAUCGGAGAUGUUAUCGAAAAAACUGCUUCGAAUGCUAGUGACAAUGUCGUAUUAUGUGAGACAAUUGAUAGUAUGACAGAUUCUGCUAGUGAGAAAGUGAAAGACUAUUUAGUAGAGAGUGCGAGUGGUGAGAUUUUCAAUAAAUUGUGUACUGGAGAUGGAAUCAAACACGAAGGGAUUCUCGAAGACGAUUGUAGGAAAAAGAGAUGCGUUGACAGAUACGAUAGUUCGGAAUCCUCUGACAGUGGAGUGGCGGUUCUAAGCUGCACAGAUUGCAGCGGGAGCAGUACGGCAUCAAGUGAUAUCACAGAUCCGGGAUCACCGUUCAGUACGACUUCGAGUCAUUCGGAAGACUCAGGUUCGCAACCAACUAAAAUGCCGCCGACGCAAGUAGCCCAUCAUCCACCUUGGCCUUGGACCGCCGACGAGGGACCACCUUGUAAACGGUCGCUGUUAGAUAAAACUGCAACUGCCUUUCAGAAAACGCUUAAAACCGCCUCCACACAACAACAACAACAACCCAAAAAGAAGCCAACGGUUAGCGCUACACCAUUUAUCACAAAAUCGAAUUUCGUUAAAAUCAUCGUCCCAUCCAUACCUAGUCCAAAUGAUAAAUUAGUAAAUGCUACGAUUAAAAAAGGCGAUACGACGUCCAGGUUGCAACAGGGAAAAAUCACGGAAUAUUUCAAAUCUCAAGUUAAAUCGAACGGCAUAAAAAAAGAUCUACUCAAUAACAUGGUUAAAGUUACGAAAACUUUAAUCGAUCAACAGACGCAAUUCAACAGCAUCAAAUCGCAAAACAUCCGAAAGGAACCGAAGAAAAUUCUACCGGCGAAGAAAAUAGUGCAAUCGAAAAUGAAGAAGAUCGUUCCGAUGACAGUACCAAGGAAAAUUUUACCGGCGCCGAGUAAUUUAACGGACAAAUUAACAAUAAACGAUCAAUUAAAUAAUUUAGCUAAAUUUACACCGACGGUCACUUUAACGGCGUUAAGUUUUCCACCGAAUUACACGUAUCUUCAUACUAAAGGUCCUAAACCGCCGGAAACUCCAAUUUUCGUACCGCAAUACGCUACAAUAUCUAACGACAAGAUACCUCUACCGAUAAUCAAUCGAUCGCCGUGUCUGAACGUGAUACAACCUGUCCAAAAACUAACAACAAUCAAUAAUUUCAAUUGUGUCAAAUUAAACGCUACGGUAGUGCCUAUAGUUAAGGUGAAUCCUAUGCCUUCGAGGUUAAAUACGGCGCCAGUGAAUCCGCCGAUUAUUCCUAACCUUAGCGUGGAGACCGGUAUACCUACGGUGCUAACGGCGAAACCGAAGAUACAAGAAUGUACCGCACCUCUCGGCGUACCGUCGCCGCCGAAACAACAACAACAACAACAACAACAUCAACAACACAACGACGUAAAUACCGUAUGUACGAACACACCGUUGGAAAACGUGCGCAACAAAUAUCGGAUCGAAGAAAAUUCGAGGACCGAAGAACCGCAUAGGACAGAAAAGUGUACGCGAGAGGAGAUUUUCCGAGAUGAAACGAAAGAAAAAUCUCCGACGCCGGACUCUGAUAGUGGCAUAUCCAUAUCGAACAAAGAGUGCUUAGAAGUGUUUGUUAGUGAAACGGUGGUGGUGGAAGAAGAACAGAAAUCGCCGAUUCUAUCGAAACCGAAGACCAUCAGGUUUCCAGCCAAGCAAGCGGACAAAGACGAAGGGAAAUCAUCUCAACACUCCACGGACGGUCAGUGUAGAUGGGCGGAAUGUAAUUCUUGCUUUGACACCAGUGGGGCCUUACUAGAACAUCUACAGGUAAAACAUGUGAUAUCUCAAGCGACUCAAGAACACUACGUAUGCUUAUGGUUAGGCUGUAAAGUACACGGUAGGACUUCUUGCUCAAGAUCCUGGUUGGAGCGGCACGUGUUGGCGCACGCGGGUACGAAACCGUUUAGGUGCAUAGUCGAUGGAUGCGGCCAAAGAUUUAACUCACAGUUGAUGUUGGAGAGACACGUGAAUAGUCACUUUAAUUCGGAUGGUAGUCCAAAUAAUAGUGUUAAGAAAUCGCCAGACAAUUCCUGUAAGUUACUCAAACGGAACGGGAAACGGAUCAGGUUUAGAAGACAACCAUGGUCAGCUCGGAUGUUUGAUUUUAUCGACGCCGGUAUCAUGGAAGGCCUUCAAUACAAACUCCUACUCCUCACCCAGAAAAGGACGUUGGGAAAGAUAAACGAACCAGGUGAUACGGUUCAUUUGCAGAGUCAGGUGCUAGCGAAACGGAUAGAAACCGACGGUAGCGUCAAGUUUCUUCUAAAAUGGCAUCCCGCCGAUAUUGUCGCCGAUGAAUGGGUGUCUGAAAAAGAGUACAAACCGACGAAAGUGGUAUCGAUACCCCAUUUGAAACCAUCUUCGAAGAGCGCUUUAAGUCCUUCACUCUUUCCGGAAAACCAGACGCAACCUAGACAAAAGCAUAGACGUAAACAGAUUUCCAAGCGAACGUGAUAUAAUGUUGUUAUUUAAAGUAAUAUUAAAAUAUUUUUGAGCCUUUGUAUUUAAGCAAAAAAAAAAUAACAAAAAAUACAACGUUAGUGUGAUAAUAUUGAAUUUCGUCAUUAUAGAACUGACUAAAAAAAAAAAAAAAGUAUUUUUGUAGAGCAAACAUGUGAUAUGAUGAAUUUUUAAAUGAUUUAUGCCGUUUUGUAAAUAUCAAAUGGAGAAAAACUCUAUUGGACGAUUAUUUACCAAAGCGAUUGAAAAAACUAACUCAAUCCUAGAUUUAAUUAAAUUCAUGGUACACCAACUAUUCGAUGUACCUAGUAUUGGAUAUUUUCUACCAGUCUUAGAUCAUCGUCCUACCAAAGUAAUGAAAAAGAGACACAAUUUAGGAUAUCCUAUACACUUCGAACUAAAGGAUCUAUUAUGCCUCCUUUACUUAACAGAACUUAAAAGUUGUACUCCAUGCUAAUUCUAAUUGAGGUAGCAACACCCAAUUAAAACCACUCUUAGUUUUCUUAGAUUGAUCUUCAACAGGUUACAGUUUCCCAGGAAUAUAUUUGCUUGUUUACACCCCUAUAGAUUGUUACAGUAAUUGUUUUUCCCUAUCUUCUUUUCUAGUAUAAUCAAAUUCCAUUAAAUAUCCUAUGAAGUGUUUACUAACUUCUUCAGAUGUCCAUUGAGUUAUCGAUGCCCGAAACAUAACUAUUGUUAGAGUUGGGAGAUGGUUCUUCAACAGGUUAUAGUUUCCUAGGAGUAUUGGUGCUAGUUUCAACCGCCGUAGAUUGUUUUUUCCCUAUUUUCUUUCUUUUAUUCCUCCCUUAUAGUGUCCCCCUGACACAACAGUAUCUUCACGUUGCAGUCCCUACUGAAUCUUUCUACAGUAUAUCGUCUUUUUUAAUAUUUUCUCUAUUCUAUAGCUAAUUCCACAAAAAGGUUCUAGGACGGGUUUAUUCCUCCCUCAUUGUCUCUCCUUUAUAUAACAAAUUAUGCACGUUAUACUCCUUGCUAAAUGUAACUUCUUUGGCUGUCCAUUGAGGUAGAAAUGCCCCAAUAAGACUCCUUUUAUUAUUGGUAGAUUCUUCCUCCCUGGUCAUAGUUUCUCUAGAGUAGCUUUUCUUGUCUCUACCCUUGCAGAUUAUUUUUUCCCAAUUUUUCCAGUAUUUUCUCUAUUGUUCAGAUCCCAUGUAAUGUUUAUUCAUCCCUUAUUGUGUCCACAAUACCCCAACAAGACUCCUGUUACUUUUGGUAGAUUGUUCCUCCUUGGUAAUAGUUUCUCAAGGGCAUAUUUGCAUGUCUUCUCUCUUAUAGAUUGUUUUUCCCAAUUUUCUCCCUUUUUCGGUAUUUUCUCCAUUGUUUACACCUUAUGUAAUGUUUAUUCAUCCCUUGUUGUGACUUCUUUAUGCAACACGUUGUACUACCUUCUAAAUCUAACUUCUUCAGGUAUCCAAUAAUUCACCAAUACUCCAAAAAAACUUCUGUUAGUACUCACAGUUUGUUUUUCACUGGUAAUAGUUUCUUUACUUGUCUUCACCCCUGUAGUUCGUUCUAGUAACUAUUUUUCCAUUAAAUAUCUUCUUUUCUAGUAUUUCCUUCAUUGUUCUCUAGCUAAUACCGCAAAAGGAUUCAGGUCCUUUGUCAGUACUAUAGCUAUUUCAUCUCCCUUCACUUCAAUGCGUCCCAAAACCCAUCGGAGGUUAAUUUCAUUCUUGUUAUCUAGCAUUUAGUUGGUGGAAACAUCAUUUUAUUGCAAGAAAUAGUUGCCGAUAAUGAAUUCCAAGUUUUUGAAAAACUGUUACAACAAUGCUACGAAAAGACUUCAAUUAGUGUUCGUAAAUUCCUGAAAAUAAUUUUUCCUAAAUAACAUCUAGUAUUUUCUCUAUCAUUCCAUAGUUAAUUCCACCAGAAAGGUUUAGGUCCUAUAAAUAAUUUAUUCGUCCUUUAUUGUUUCCUAAAAAUUAAUUUCUUCAGAUGUCCAACAAGACUCCAAAUUAGUAUUCAUAGAUUGUUUUUCAACGGAUAAGGGUUUCCAAAGAGGAUCUUUGUUUGUCUUCACUACUGUAGAUACUUCUAGUAACUGUUUUUCUAUUGUUCCUUAACUAAUACCAAAAAAAAUUAAUUAAGGUCCUAUAAAAGGUUUACUACUCUCCCAUUGUAUCCCCUUUAUGUAACAAAAUCUGCAAAUGGUAUACCCCAUAACUUUCAUUUAGGCAGCUAAACCCCCAACAAACCUCCUUCAUUAUUCGUAGAUUUUUCUUCAACAGGUUUUAGUUUCCCAGGAGGAUUUUUGCUUGUCUUCACCCUCCAGUGACUGUUUAACCUCCAAUUUAUCUUCUUUUUUAGUAUUUCUUCUUUUUUUCUAUAACUAAUUCAACAAGAACGAUCAGUUCCUACAAAGGGUUUAUCUACACUUCUACAUUAGCAAGUAUAUUUAAUUUUCCUUCACUCCAAAGUGUUUUGAAACCAAUUGGAGGGUAACUUCAUUCUUUUUACCAAAGAUUUAGUUCUACUGACAUGUACAGGUAUUUACGAAAUAGAAAAAAAUGGUGGAAACAUCCUUUUAUUGUUUUUAAUGAAUUAUGAAAAGUUUGAAUUAUUUAAAUGUUUGAAAAAGUUAAAUUUUUCGGAAAAAUUGUGAAUGGAGGCUUUAGUGGGACAAUGGAAUUAGAAUAAUCAGAUUAUUUUAAUGGAUAUUAAGGAAUAUACUUAACUGAUGGAAGCAAAACGGCAUGAAAGUCAUUUCGAUUAUUAUUUUUGCCAUAAUGGUUCUAUACCACCGCCCAAUAUUAUUGCUCUAAAACAAAAAACGCGAGUCAGCAACAAGCAAAAUUACUUAGGUUUAAAUGGUCAAAGAUUGUACUGCCCCCCAUACCGUGUACAAACUGAACAUUUUAAAUGUGAUAUUUUUUUUUUUAAUUAAUUGUCUAUUUACGGAAUUUAGUAGUCAACGCACAAAUAUUAGCAAUACGAUUAGUAUUUAGAACGAAAAUAAUUUUUUUUUAAAUAAUUAUUAAUUUUUUAAUUUUUUUUUUCGUUCGUGUUUGAUGUAAUUAAUGUUAUAGAAGCCCGCGUCGCGUCGGGCGCCAAUGUGCGAGAUAAAAGUACAAAAUAUUAUGAUAAUGACUUCUUAUUCCCGUGGGCAUUACAAAUAAAGAAUAUACCGGGUGAAUCAAGAGUAACUAUACCUUAGAGGCUAUUGAAAAGUGUCACUUUUUUUUUAUUAAUUUACAGGGUGAUUUGUGGAUUUUAUUUUUAAAAUUAGUACACUACUAUCGAGCAUUCGACUGAUAUUAGCAAAACUUAGAAAUUCCAGGACCGGUUUUGGAAAAUCUAUUUAAGGAUUCUUAUCGAAUAUUACACUCUGUAUGAUACAUUUUUUUUAAUGCGAUAAUUGAUGAAAUUUUUAUUCAAUUGUUAAUGAACGAUCAAAUAUUAUCAAACUUGGCACCCUUCCGCAACUAUACAUUUCCAUACGCCUCCAGGACCAGAAAAUCCAAGUUAGGGCAGACAAAGAUACUGGAAGAACACUUUCCGGUUGACCUUUUGCUCUUCUGAUAACACUCGCGGAAAUAACUUUUCUCAUGGCUAAGUUUUCUGUCACGAUUUGAAAAACUUGAGUUUGAGGAAUGCUCAAACUACAACUUAGUUUACGAUCACUAUUAUAAAUGAACUUUUUACUAACGACACGUAUGCGUUGUACUCGCUAACCGAAGGGGGUCCAGAAGUGUCGUCGUCUUCUACACUUUCCCUACUUUCUUGGAACAGCUUGUGCCACUUAAAACACACGAUCUAUCGCUGUCGUGAGACAUUUUGUCCAUUUUACCAAGCUUGACACAUAUUCCAAAAGUUUCUACUAUUUUCAUGAAUAAAUAUUGAAAACUAAAAUGUGUCUAACGACUAUCAGAACCGAUUCCAACCCAGCUUACAACAUUUGCGACACGUUCAGUAAAAGCACUGUUAUGGGAGUAAACCUCAUUAUUUAAAAACCACAGUAAAAGCACUGUAAUGGGGUUUAAAUUCAUCAUUUCAAAACCACAGUUAUGAGAGUAAAACUUCAUCAUUUCAAAAUCACAGUAAAAGCACUGUUAUGGGAGUAAACUUCAUCAUUUCAAAGUCACAGUUAUGUGAGUAAACCUCAUAGUUUCAAAACCACAGUAAAAGCACUGUUAUGGGGGUUAAAUUCAUCAUUUAAAAACCACAGUUAUGAGAAUAAACCUCACCAUUUCAAAACCGUAGUAAAAGCACUGUUAUGGGGUUAAAUUCAUCAUUUAAAAACCACAGUAAAAGCACUGUUAUGGGGGUUAAAUUCAUCAUUUAAAAACCACAGUGGUGAGAGCAAACCUUAUCAUUCAAACGCCACAGUAAACGCACUGUUAUGGGAGUAAAACCACCAUUUAAAAACCGUAGUAAAAGCACUGUUAAAGGGGUUAAAUUCCUCAUUUAAAAACCACAAUAAAAGCACUGUUAUGUGGGUUAAAUUCAUCAAUUUAAAACCGCAUUCGGUAGUAAAAGCACUGCAAAACAAUAUUCAUGAACAACACAAAACAUGCUGUAAAAUUGGGUUCAUGGACGUAUCAAAUGUAAUUCUUUUUGGAAUAUUUAUCACAAUUUUUCAUAGUAGUGUACCACUAAAAAAAUUCUCACCCUACAAAUGAAUGUAGCGAAGGAAGUGCCACUUUUUAGUAACCUCACGUUAUCCUCUACGGGGGACAUAUGGUAGAAAUAUGUGAAGUUUUUCGUUUACCCCGUGCCGGUGAACGUCGACGGGAAUUUCUAGUAUUAAGGCGUAUAUUUUUAGUUUUACCCCUAAUUGUGUUCUAAAAAGAGGCUAAUAUUUUCAAAAAGCUACAACGGCUGCCAUGUAAUUAAUUUUUGUCAAUUUGUACACGGUACCAAAUUGUAAUAAUGUGUAUAAAAAAAAAGGAUCUCUGUAAGCAAAGGUUCGAUAGGAUUUUCCUAAAUCCUGAAAUUUUUUUGUAAAAUACGGUACAUGGAUGUGUAUAUUUGUGAAAGUCUUUCACUAUGUAAAGUUAGGUUAUGUAUAUGUACAGUAGCGUAAGGAAAACUAUUUGGGAGAGAAACUGUUUGUGGUUUUGACCAUUUAACAACCAGCCUGAUAUCACUGCCAUUAUAUAUAUAUAUAUAUAUAUAUAACAACCUGGUUGAAUAGUUGGUAAAACCCUUUCUAUCUAGAUUAGAUUAAUUCGCGGACGUUUAAGAUACUUUAAGUGCCCUACCACCUCCCCUAACAAAAAAUAAAGACGUGCCAUCUAUCGACGUCAAUUCUACUCAAUUUUUAGCGUUAUCCUUCGGGCGCUUAAAGAAACUUAAAUUUAAAUCCCCUUUUCCGCUGACACAUGUAUUUAUAAAAAAAUUUUUUAGUUGUAAUAAUUAUUUUGUGUGUUCACAAUGUUUAUACAUAAAUCGAUAAUUUUUUUUAAAUAAUUAUACAUAUACAUAUUAUGCUUUUUUAAAACAAUUUUUAAUUAGUUAAUUUUUUUUGUUACAUUCCUAUUUCAUCCUUUCUUUAUUUAUUGCGACAUUUACUCUUUCAUUGUUAUAGAAUUUACAAAAAAAAUUAGUUAGGACUUGUGAUUUUUGUUUCGCGAAAAGCUCAAGACGAAUCGGAGGGUCAAACAAUUCAUUUAUCGAAAUUAAAAUUCGAAUUUACACCGAAACAAAAUACUCGAAACCCCCAAGUAAAAAAUAUAGUCAUAAUUCGAUUAAUUUUAAUAAAACAUUUCGAUUAUUAGCUGCAUUCGAAACCCCCACUGUAUCAGAAACAAUAAAAUGAAGCCCUUAAAUCAACUUGAAAUAUCUACCGACUGUUUAUAUUUGAGUCGAGUGAAAAAAAACUUAAAUUCACCAUAUUUUAUAACCAAAAAAUCAACUCGAAUCAUAAAAUUUACUUGAAUCAAUAAAAACCACUGAAAUUAAGUUAACUUAAAUCAGCUUGGAUUAGUUGAACGUAGCUUUUAUCAAUUGAAAAUGAUUGAAAUCGAAUGAAUGACGAGUACAAUUCACUUGAAUCAAUAAAACCCUUUGGAAUUAAGUGAAGUGUAUAUCGGUUUCACUUGAUUGAACUUAAAUCAACUAGAAUUAGUUUACAUAACAUCAAAAUGAAUUGAAAACAACUUAGAUCAGUUUUGAAUUCCAAAUGACUGCUUAUAUCAAGUGAAAAUGAUUGAAAUCGAAUGAAUGGAAGUGGAAUUCGCUUAAAUCAAUAGAAACAACUGUAAAUAAGUUAACGAGAAGAACUUGAAUCAACUCAAAAGAACUUAAAUCAACCAAAGUCAGUGUAAAAUGAUAGUAAAGUGAAAUAGCUUGGAUCAAGUGAAGCUUCACUUGUAUGUGAACUUAAAUCAGAUUGAAAUGAAAGUAAAGUGGAAUGAAAACAACUUAAAUCAGCUUGGAUUAUCAGAACAUUGGUUAGAUCAAGUGAAAAUGAUUGAAAUCGAAUGAAUGACGAGUAAAAUUUACUUGAAUCAAUAAAAACCUUUGGAAUUAAGUGAAAUGUAUAUCGGUUUCACUUGAUUGAACUUAAAUCAACUAGAAUUAGUUUACAUAACAUCAAAAUGAAUUGAAAACAACUUAGAUCAGUUUUGAAUUCCAAAGGACUGCUUAUAUCAAGUGAAAAUGAUUGAAAUUGAAUGAAUGGAGAGUAAAAUCCACUUGCUUCAACAAACACCACUUAAAUUGAGAGAAUUCUAUAAAAGUUUCACUUUAAAUAACUUAAAUCACUUUGGAACUCUAAAGUUCACUCUAUCAAGUGAAAAUAUUUGGAAUUAGGGAAAUGAAAAUUAUAUUCACUUAAAUAAAUGAAAACUCUUAAGAUUAAGUAAAAUCCAUUCAAAUUUUAAGUGUAUUCAUUGUUGAUAUAACAGUAGAAUCAACUAAAACCAUUUUGAAUUCACUUCACAAUAAAAAAAUCUUACAUCGAAUAAAUAUUACCAAGAACAACUGAAAUUUAUUUUAAUACAUAAAAACCAAGUGAAAAUCAAUUUAUUCAAUGAUUUCUAUUGAUUUUACUAAAAAUAUUUGAAAAUUGCUUAAAUCAGUUUGAAAUAACAGCGAAAACGAAUGGAACCUUCUUGAAUUUAAAAUAAAUUCUGAUAUUAAGUAAAAUAGGAGUAAAUUCAAAGCAUUUCGCUUAAAUCUUCAAAUAAAACCAUCUUGAAGUCGAUUUGUUUUUGUAGUAGAAGAAAUUCAGCAGCUUAAAUCAAUUGGGAUUAACUGAAAACUACUUAAAUCGAUUCAAAAUAAUUACUGAUACCUGAAAAACAACUUGGAUUCAUUUUAUUUUAGAUUUUGGAAUAAAACGAACUUAUAUCGAAUAAAAACUAUUGAGAGAAACUCAAAUGAAGUGAAAUUCGAACAUCAAAUAAAAUAAAAGUUAAUUCAAAGGCGUUUUGCUUAAGAUAACAUAAAUCAACUGUAAUUAUUUCCAAAAAUUAGGACUCUUAAAAUUUUUUAUUGGCGAAAAACGAAUUGGCGCAGUCAACAGGAUCAAUUGAAAAUCGAUUUUUAUCAGCAAAAAAAAUAAAAACGUAAAAUUAUAGUGAUAAGUACUUCAAUAGAAAAAAUAUCUCCAUAGUGCGCAAAAUUUUAUUAAAAUAUACAAAAUUUAAGGUUUUCUAUAAUUGGAAAUAUAUUUCGAAUUCAUUUCAGAAAAUUAGGAUAUGUUGGAAAAAUUCAAUUGAUAGCUAUAAUAACUGAAAACAAUAAAAGCAGUAUUUAAUUGAAAUUGAAAAAUCCAAUUAUAUUUCUUGAAUAAUUUGGACAAAAUCUACUAUUAAAAAUGGUUUAAAAAAUACCUGCAGCAUAUUUUGCAAAAUCCUAGUCGACUUGUAUUUUCAUUUAUUAAAAAAUCGAGUCUGUUCCUAGUCGACUUGUAGUUUUUUAUACUAAAAAUUCGAGAUGCAUUUUCAUUGGUUGAUUUUAUUGAAUAAUAAAAUUGAAGUUUGACCAUCCAAGUCUUGAGCCAAUGUGAAAAAUCAAUAAACGCGAUCAAUUUAUUAUUGAUUCUAUUGAAUCUGAAAACUUCACUGCCAUUAAUGUACUGCCGGCGAAACAUGACAUCAAAAAUAAUUAAAACUUAUUGCGAAGCUUCCAGAUUUAGAAAAUUCGUUUUUAAAGACUUUAGGAUGUGCUAGGAGCCGCCAUUUUUUUUUAGAAAUUUUGUAGUAUAAUCUUAAAUAAAUAAAACGAGAGACUUACUGACAGUGAAUAAAUAUUCGAAUUGCUCACUGCGAAAUGUACAAAAUUAAUUAUAUAUAAUAAUUAUAGAAAAUAAAGCACGAAAUAAUCAAUUGUUUUAAGAAAAUUUAUUUAUUCCUUACGUUCCACGGUAACAAAAAAGUAUUCCACUGAUUUUAUUGGCUUAAUCAGUCACAAAAAAUCUACACAUACAUUUCCAAUUCUUUUUUUUUUUCAAUAUAACCCGUCACCAAUAUAUUUCCUUAUUUUCCUUAACUUAUUUCUGAUUCAUUGUAAUGAGGUUAGGAAGAUUCUUCUUUUAUCUAUUGCAACUUGGCCUUUGUCUGUAUUAUUCCGUAGUUAUCGGGUAUUUUAGAAUGUUUUUUCGCCUUCUAGACUGCUCGAUAGAGAAUCGAAUUUGUUAUAAAAGCAAUGAGAAUGAUAGAAUUUAUAGUAGCAUAAAAUUUUUUAUCACUAUAUAAAUAAUGGAUAUCCCUAUAUGUGGGAUUCUGCGAAUCCAAAAUAAUGAGGUUAGGUUCUUCUUUUACCAGUAAUUUGUGUUUUGUCUCAAUAAGUAUGCAGCUAUCAAAUAGUCCGAAGGUAUUCUUGUUGUUUUCGACAAUUUUUGUAAAAAGUAUGAGGAGGAGGAAAAUUGACAUAAAAAAACAAAAGGUUUUUCAUUAAAAAGUUGAUUUUUGUAAAUAUUGCUAAAAGAAAUAAUACGAUUUGGUAGAGUUAGUUGAAAAUGAGUUUUUAAAAAAUUAUUAGAGCCUAUCUUGGUGUUUUGUGUCGUUGAAAAUUAUUUUGAGGAUGGAAGUGUGACCGAAGAAGAAAAUAGAGUUUGAGUUAGGAGUAAAAAAGCACUAGGUUGUAAUUUAACAUGCAUGCAAGCCGUACUACUCUAAAAUUUGGUUUUCUUUUGGGAAACUCUCACACUUUUUGACUAAAAAGUAACUGAAUAUCUUCAAAAAGUCUCAGGGCAAAUCCUAAUUUAUAUUUCUUUGAUAUUUGGGUAUUUACUGAGCUAGGUUUCAGGUUUCAGCACCAACAUGUUGAUAUAAAAAUUUAGUUUUGUUAAUAACUUUCAAAAUAUCAUCAUUUUAGUUUAUAAUUUAGAAUUUUUGUCUAAAUAAUAGUUUUAAUUUUAGAAACAUUGUUAAAAAGAAAAUUAUAACAAUUUUUUUAAUAAAUUGAUUGCCACAGUAAUUUAAAAUUAAUUUUCGAAAAAUUAUUCUUAAUAAUAUUUAAUUUAAAACUAGUAUCAAGUAUGGUUGGGGAUUUAUUUGGAAAUAUUGAAAAAAAUCUAUCAGAAAAAAAAAAUAAAUUUCGCAAAUUGUACAUAAAAAAUGGCGGCUGCUUUUUUUAUAUCAACAAUAAGUAUUAUUUUAAAUGAAUGUGUACAAUUCAACGUCUUCAAAAUGUAACAUUUUAUACAAUACACUAGAAAAAUCUAGGGAAAUAGGUCACAUGAUAUUAUAAUAUCCAAAUAUGUAUAAUAUUAACCAAUAUCGAACCUCCAGCAAUAAUCUCGAUUCUCCUUUCGUUCCCUCCAAUAAAACAAUCAUUUAUCUAUAAAAUCCUUUCCACUAGUGAUAUUUUCAUUAUCAAAACCCCCAGUAAGGUUUCAGUUUACCACCCACUUCUGAUCCGUUGAAAUUUAACAUUUAACAUCCUCCGGAAGGGCUACAUCCGGAAAUAUGGAAGUUCCAAUCUUUUACUUGGAGGAAAGGGAACUAAAAUGUACAUAAAGAAGCGAUAAAACACCAAAAAGAAGCAACGGAUAAAACGGGGCGGGCAUUCAGAGGUACAAACCUAACUUAAGUUCACCCAACCUAACCAAUGCGCCCUUUAUAUUCUGUCCUAGGUAGCUGUCACUAUAUUCCACUCAUAACCACUCACUCACUCACUAAUCCUCGAAAGAGCUGCCAUCUUGUGGUUAAAAUUCGAAUGGAGCUCAGAGAACUUCAGAAAUAAAAUUCCUUAUAUAUCCCGUAUCAAAUUCUAUGCAUUAUAUACAAGGUGUCUCAAAAGAAAAUUCCCAUUAAAAAAAAGCAAUUUCAAGUAUGGAGUUUAUUAAAAAAAAUUCGUUAUUUACACCAGCAUUCAUUUAAUCGAGCGCUAAAAUUGUCUAUGGUUAAACACCUGGGCAAAUCUCACAGCUUGCCUAAUGACAUCAAAGGGUUCAAGCCAAAUCGCCUGAUGGGCUUCUCCAAGGACAUCGGCGGUAACGUCAAGUAGAGCACGAUGGGCUGAGUUCAACGGACCAUUGGUCGCGCAUAUAAUCUUUAGAUUUUUUCAAAAAUGUUGCAUAAUAAAAAAAUUCCUGUAUGAAAAUCUUACAUAUUACUAAAUCCAUUUCGGAAAUAAUGUAACUACAAAGAAGGAGAAUCGUUAUCGAAUUAAAUACUGAAGAUGUCUUUCCACAAUUUAGGUUAUAAUCAAAUAUGUUUAUUUCAUGCUUAAUCUUCUUUUCAAUUCAUGUAUAUCUACAGGUUUUGUUAUUAUUAUUGAGAAACCCUCAUAUUAAAUAAUCAAUAAGUCUGGUGGUAAUAAUCUGUCAUGACGACAUGUAGAGCACAAACUGAAAAUUUGAAAUAACAGAAAUUUUUCACUAUUUUUCAUCAACAAAAUUACACGAUAAUGAGAAAUAAUUCAACCAAUUAACUCCAAAAGCUGUUUGGGUAUCGAGCCUCUUUUUUGUAUCCAUUAUUUUCACACACAAACACAAUAGGUGAAGUUAACACAAAAAUAUAACACAUUCCCUAUAUGAAAAUAUUCCUUUCCAAUUAAAAAUAACGAAUUUCUUUCUAUCUAACCUUAUUUUUCCAAUUCACACUGUAUAUACUUUUUGAGAAAACUUCCUAUAGUGCAAAGUAACUGAUUUUAAUGGAUUUAAUGGUGAUUUGAAAUGAAAAUUAAUUUUAAUAUACUCGAAAAACCUUUUUUCCCUCGAUUUUUCCUGAAGUAAGUAAUAAAGAAUAAUGGUUACUAUCAACAAUAAUAACUAUGCACAGGUUUCUACAUUUCCAGUCGUUUUACGCCAUUAUCAUCAAGUUCAUUUUGGUACGCGUCAUUGAAAUUUGCAAGUGUUCACUAUGUGCCAUUCAUACAUAAUUUUUUUUAUAAUUUAUUCAAUAUAAACGGCUUUUACGAUAAGUUUGCAAAUACACAACUUGGAUUUUGGAAUAUAAUGUUGUGAAUUACCGUACUGAUGAUUCUAAAAAGAUCCGUAUAAAAAAAGUAAUCGUAUUAUCGUAUAAAUUGUUAAAAUAUUUUCUAAACAGUUGAUGAAAUAUUGUUGUAAAUACUCACUCAUUAUAAAGGUUAUGAACCUUUGCGUCAACUACUCAAAACACAACACCGAUUGGGGUAAGCAUAUAACAGAUGUUUUACAUCGUUGCCACGUUGUAAGUUUUUUAAUUGUUAGUAUUAAAACGAUAUGAUUCAACUAAUAUAAUAUAAGAAAUAGAAUAUAUUUUGAGACAAUCAAGAUUCAAAUUAUCAUUUUAAUAUGAUUAUUAGAAAAUUUGAUUAGACGAAACCAAAAAAUCAAUAUUAUUUCCCCGAUUUGAGACAAAUAAAUCUUACAACACUGAAGAUCGAUGCCACACAACUACCAACGUUUAGAAUGAAAUUUUUCCUAAUACACGAGUAUUGAUUCCGUUUACAUUUUUGAUAUUCAGUUUUGGUCACUAUCUUAGAUUUGCUAACUUGACGUAACUGCUGUUUGAUAUUCAAUUAGAAAUGUAGUAAUGACAAAAUAUGCUUACUAUGUACAGUAUUUCUAUAAAUAUUAUUUAACGAUGAAUUUUUUCAGAUAGAAUUAGUAUCAAGAGAUAAUUAGUAGUUGAUAGUGACUCAAGAAAGUAUGAGAUAAUCUGGUGUCUGUUGAAGAGGAAUGUCUGGCUACAGCUUGAAAAAUAGUUUUUUUCAAUUUGGAUGAUUUUUCUAUAUGUAUUUACGAAUCACAAAUAUGUAAAUCUGGUAAUAGAGAUGGACAUUUUGAGGUUUAAGUCCUCUAAAAAAAUCAAGUUGUGGAUUGCAAAAGGAGGUUCACAAUUUAAUCAUUAUUACAAGCAAAAAAUACAUCAGAUUAGAAAUUGUUCCCAAAUGAAUAUUAAAAUCAUAAACAGUACAAAUAAUAGUUCUGAAGAUGAAAAAACAAAUCGGAAAUGAUCAGUCAAGGUUUUGUAAAAUUAUCACCAAAUUUGUACAGCAAUAUGGUCAUUUGAACAAUUAAAGAUCGCUGAUGAUGAUGUCCAAACUGAUUGAAACGUAACUUGGAAUCAAUGAAAAAUAAGAAAAAAUUAUGUUAGCCUCUGUCGAGAUGGAUGGAAACACCUACCACAUACAGAUAGAGCGUUAAAAAGUGCUCAGUGCAGGUUCAAACUCAUGGGCAAGUUUGACAGUUUUCCCAGUAACGUUAAAAAGCACCCAGCGCCAACACGUUAGGUCCGAACUCAUGGAAAAGCUUGACAGUUUACUCGGUGACCUUAAAAGUUGCUCACGUGUAAGUUCAAACUCAUGUGGAAGCUUCACAGUUUGCUCACUGACGUUAAAAGAUGUUCAGAAUCGACACGUGCAGGUUUAAACGAUGUGCAAGCUUUACAGUUUAUCCAGUGACGUUAAAAAACACCCAGCGCCAACACGUUAGGUCCGAACUCAUGGAAAAGCUUGACAGUUUACUCGGUGACCUUAAAAGUUGCUCACGUGUAAGUUCAAACUCAUGUGGAAGCUUCACAGUUUGCUCACUGACGUUAAAAGAUGUUCAGAAUCGACACGUGCAGGUUUAAACGAUGUGCAAGCUUUACAGUUUAUCCAGUGACGUUAAAAAGCACCCAGCGCCAACACGUUAGGUCCGAACUCAUGGAAAAGCUUGACAGUUUACUCGGUGACGUUAAAAGGUGCUGACGUGCAGGUUCAAACUCAUGUGGAAGCUUGACAGUUGACUCAAUGAUCUUAAAAGAUGUCCAGAAUCGACACGUGCAGGAUCAGGAUGAUUUAUUAGCUUUUCCAAGGACAUCAGGCUUCACUAGAUUUAUGUGAGGCCCUACGGGAUCAGGAUAUCAAGUUUUAAUUUUAUUAAUUUGAAACUUUGUUUAACAAAAUUUCGAUUUGUAUUUCAAAUAAUAAAUAUGACAUUCAGGAAUUUGGAAUAUUUCGAAAAGUGAGCAUAUUUUGAAAUUAAUUAUCGUAAACCUUAUUUAUUGAUUUCGUCGUUAUAUGAAUGGAAAGUUUUUCUUUAAAUAAACAGGGAAUUAAUUCAAUUAUAUUCAUACUUUUUUAUCGUUAACUAUACCUCGAAAAUUUAUUGCAACAAACGAAAAUAAAAUGAUUUUAAACGAUUUAUCGAAAUACCAAACGUUUUCUCAUGAAUUAUUAGUUCUAACCUCCAAAUAAAUCGGAUUAAAUUACAAAAUUCAAGAGACUACGGUACUUAUUCCAGGCAGGGUGUCGAUUUCGAUCGAUUCCUAUACUCGAUAAAAAUGUUUGCUACAUUUAUGAUGUAUUUAACUGUUUUAUCGUAUUCUGCUCUACAAGUGACAGUGUUCCGUUUUUACUUACCUAGUUUCCAAACAAUUCGCGACUCUCAUUCGACCGAGGUUCCUAUUUUCAUGGGAAGAAAUAACGUUUUAGAGUUCCAGAACUGGGUUUUCGUUGUUUAGUUCUGUUUGCGCCCCAUUUUUAAACAAUUUCGGCUUUAUUAUUUGUGUGAGUUGAGGCUCGACUGUCAUAGAUGAUUCCUGAAUUGUGCAACUACUAGAUCUUCCAAUUAGAAGGGUUCCUAUUGAUUUGGAGUUAGUUCCUUGCUUUGCGUGUUUGUCUCGGAUAUAAUUUAAAAAUUGCUUAUUCCCAUUGAUUCGAUUUGUUUAUGUUUAUGAACAAUUACAAUUAUUGUUUGCAACGAACUAAAGAAACAAUUUCCAUUCAUUGAUUGUACUCAAUCUGUGUAAAUAAUUUGUGUACCACAAUUAUUAUGUUUUAAAUAUUUCGGAUUCUACAUGAAUUGUCUUUUAAUUAGAUAUUAUUAAAUUGAAACACCAGCUUGUACUUAUAUAAUAAAAAAGAAACAACUUUAUAUGCAAUAUCGAUGAUACUCGUUUUCGGGAAUGUACAUACCAAAAUUGAAUCGUUUUAUUUUUGGUUUUUCACUAUUCUAAUAUAGUUAUUCACAUUUUUAUUCACGUAUAUUUAUUUCUGAAAAUACGAAACGGAAAAUAUUGAAAAAAAUAUAAAUGAGAAGCUAAUUGUUUUUAAAAUGUAUCGAUAUCCACAAAAGUGUGGACUAUCGAGAUGUUGGACCGUAAAAUCGAUUGUUUACAUUAAUAUAAUACAAUCAUUCCAACGCUUGUAGAAGAUUUUUCUUUUUGACUCAAAAUAAGCUUCAGUUUCAUCAAUUUCUUCUCUAUUUGAGCACGCAUACCGAAGCCAUAACAUUCCCAGCUGACUGUUGUGCCUUCGGAAGUGAUUCAACGACUUUAGUCCACUCAAAUUAUGAUCGUUUCGAUUCCAGACUGAAGUGAUGGAUCCAUUGUCUCAUAUCGACGCAAAAAAUCUGAUUUAUUUCGUGUACAUAUGACCAAAUAUUACUCGGAAUCACCAACAAGUUGUUGUUUUUGAUCUACUCUGAUUAAACGCGGCACCUACGCUUUCUAAUGGUUAAACGUCCAUGUAUAAUUGUAAACACACUGCCAACUAUCUCACGAAUUUUCAAUUUACGUUUAGAUAUAACCAAUUCGUGGAUAAUUUUCUGGAGUAACCACCUCGAUUGGACAACCAGAACGUUCACUAUCAUCGGUGUCUGCACGACCACGUUUAAAUUCAGCAAACUAAUAACAAAUUGUUCUUUUCAAGUCAUUGCUGAGCUUGUAGAAUAUUUUUUUUAUUAAUUAGCUAUGAUAAAUUAACACACAAGUAGCUUCACUUAACGGGUGUCAUUCUUUUUGUAACUAAUUCAAAUGACGUGACAUUUGACAUAAUCUUUUGAAAGUUGGUACGUAUGGAUUUAAAAAUUGCAGCGCCAUCUGUGUGUCAGUCAAACGACUUAUUGGGUGAUGUAUUGUGUAGAAAGAAGAUUGAAACGACUUAUCAAGUUCUUUAGGGUGGAGUGUCUUGUAUAUUUCAUCAAAAGUCUUAAGUAAUAAUAAUAUAAAAACCUUGAGAACUGAGACUUGCAAAUUCCAGAAAAAUUGUUUUCCUUGGGAAGAUUCUACGUGUUUUGGAAGACGAAGUAUAGUUUUGUACAAAACAUCUUCCAAAUAUAGGUGCAGAUUGGCUAAAAAGCUAAGAUAACCCCCCAAACAAUCACAAUUAUUGAAGUCCUGCAGACAUUAAACGAAAAGUCGUCAUCUCCAACACAAUUUCGUUAAUCAAUCACUUUUUUAUAUAACUGGAAAAAAGGAAAAAAUUACUACGUGUAUAUUUGAGUUUGAAACUUCUAUUAGUUUAAUUCCGUUUAUAAAUUCGAACGUGAAGUAAAAAAUCUAUAAUAAACGCCAGCAUAGAGGCAACCACGACUACUACAGGCUGACGUUUGGGUUGUCUAUCUCGCAGGUGAAUAAAUAAAAUAAUACUUUCAAUGGAAAUUCAACAGAAUGUUUUCGUGUUAAUGGAGAGGAAAAAACUAAAUUUUGACGUAUACAGGACCGUAUUUAAGUAUGGGGACGUCAAAUACAUCUGUUAUAUAUCUUUUAGAAAUUUUCUGAUUUUGAUGCAACAUUAGCAAAAAAUAAGUCGUUGUUUUAUAAUUAUAAUCAUCGAAAUAGUUAAUAACCGAUAUUAAAACGAUUCAAAAGCAAUAAUUUAUCAUUUUAAAAAUCACGUAUGUAUAAAGGUUUAUUGGAAAGUCAAAUGUCUCUAUGAAUUUUUUUUUGUUAAACUAAUUUCUUCUUGUAAUUAAGAAUUAUUUUUUCUAAAACUCAAUCAAACGUUUUAGCAGAGAUUUACAUUGUCUUUUAUUAUUUUUAACCUAAAACCAAAAUGAAAAAUACAAGUAACGACAACUACAUAUGACGUAUGACGUAUGACAGAGCGGUCAUCUAUUAAAGACUUUUCAAUAUACCUAAUUUUAUUUAGUUUUUUUUUAAAUCAAAAUUUAAAUCUAUUCUGCAAAAUAGAUAAAAAUAACUAUUCUUUUACAAUAUAUUUAAGUAAUCUCUAAAGAUUGAGACUGUCGAAAAAUUAUAUCUUAAUAUUUAGGAAAAUUUUUACUAGUAACAUUUGAUUUUAGAUAGUUGGGUACCUUUAAAAUUUUAUUCACGUUUAACAUUACAUAACCUAAAAUAAAUAAAUAGUAAUUUUUCUAAUAAACAACUAUCUGCUCAAGGAUUAUUAUAUUCGAAAAGAAAUACCAAGUUUCUAAAAAUAGUAUAGGGUAGUUUUUAAUCAAAUAUAAAAUUGUGAUUGGUGAUAAAAGGCCAUUUUUAACCCGAUAUAUUGCUUCAAUCGCGUUUUCUGCUUGAAUUGAUGUUAUAUCCUUUCGGAACCACUUUUUUGGGUUAAAUCUCCUGCAACUCUGGUUCCACAAAGUUUCGUAGCAUAUCUACUCUUCUUCUUGUUGAGCCUAUCCGUGACGAAUGUCUACGAUCAUUAUGGUAACCUUCAUUCCAUCAGAAGCAAAGUAAAAAUGUUGAGGGGUGGUUAUAUUGAGCAAGGCUCUGCUUGAAUCGUGUUUAAUGGAGGUGUUGUGGUGUCAGGUUUCUAAAAAUGGGAUUUUAGGGUUAGCAUCUUGCACUAAGACUUUUUUCGCUCGAUCUUUGAGCGAUUGGGACGCUUCAGCGGAACCAAAAGUACUUAGACUCAUUAAAGCAGUCGUUUGUAGUUGAACGCAAUCGUGAGCUUUAGUAUAAAUAGAGGCUCACACAACUCCAACGACUUCUGGAAAAUACGCCUUAUAAAUAUCCUCUAUCUGUGUGAAAAGCAAAAACUGAUUGGAAAACUGAGUGAAUUUCCAGAUCUAUUUGUUUGUGCGAUAAUGAGGAUUGGAACGAUCGUAAUUCAAACAUCAGAAAGCUCCCUACAGCCAUCUAUUGGAGAAAUUUGGAAAAUUCGAGGAAGACGACAGUGGAAAGAAAAAUAAAUAGGCUACGUUAGAGGCUUUAAUACAGGGAUGAAUUGAGCAGAUAUAUUGCAGAAUGUAUUGAAAUAUUUAUUCGAUAUUAGAUUUACAAAUAGAAUUUCGAAAUGAGUACAAAAUUUUUGUAUGUUUAGAAUCUCGGAAUAGAUGAAGUUCUUUAUUGAACUAUUGACCAAAAUAUAAAAAAGAAUUUAAUAUCAAUGAAUGUAAUAUGGAAGAACCUACUAUUUUUAUAAUUAUACAGAAUAUUAAAUGGUUGUACAUAAAUAUCUAAUUUUAGGUUAUGAAUGUCAUAUGUGGAUUUAAAUUAUUAUACAAUGCCCUACACAAACUAAAUUGUUUUUAAUAUUCUCUAUGUUCAUUUUUAUCGAUAAAUUUAUUAAUUAUUUAUGAUAGUUUAUCAUUAACGUAAUAUUAAUAAUUAAGGGAGAAAAUAGAAGAUACAUUCGCUAGUUUUUGAGAAAAAAAAAAACAUAAAAA